GAGCUAGAGGGCAGUGCGGUCACAGCCAAUCGGAACAUUUCAGUUUUCUCCGUUGCGCGCCAUUUUUAGAUCAACAAUCCCCAAUUUGAACAGAUACUCAACUGAACAGAACAAAUUCGAUAUUUGACAAUAGGUCACACUUAUUCACACGUUAAAAGUGGUUAAAGUUAGUGGACACGCCUCAGGACUCGGGAGUCGGUAAACGUGUCACCGGUAUGGCACGACAUCGCAAGGCUAAACCGAGCAACGAUGACGCUGCGGACACAGGAAAAGAAAAGGAACCAGACGAGCAGGAGCAGCCACCCGAUCCUGGUUCAGGUCCCGAGUCAUCACAGGCAGCAGAUGAGAUGGAGACCGAUCAGCUGGUUGGUGAGGAUGGGGAGGACAUGGAUGAAGAUAUAGUUGUGCCACCGGCGAUGCCAUCCGUCGCAACCUACGACCCCUGUGGGCCUAGGCUAAUGAUCACUCAUAUCGAAAACAUCAACUUCAAGUCAUAUGCAGGCACGCAGGUGCUCGGCCCCUUCCACAAUUGCUUCACCUGCAUCGUCGGCCCGAACGGCAGCGGCAAGUCGAACGUCAUCGACUCGAUGCUCUUCGUCUUCGGCUACCGCGCGAACAGAUCCGCGAAGAAGAUCGGCAUGCUGAUCCACAACAGCGGGCGGCACAGCAACAUCGACAGCUGCAGCGUGAGCGUGCACUUCCAGAAGAUCGUCGACGGCGCCGGCGACGCCUACGACGUCGUGCCCGGCUCGCGAUUCGUCGUCUCGCGGACGGCGCACCGCGACAACACGUCGUACUACGCGAUCGACGGGCGGCGCGUGAAGUUCGCCGAGGUCGGGCGUCUGCUGCGCGGCAGCGCGAUCGACCUCGACCACAACCGCUUCCUCAUCCUGCAGGGCGAGGUCGAACAGAUUGCGUUGAUGAAGCCGCGCGCCGUGGGGAACACGACGAGGGCAUGCUCGAGUUCCGCGGACAUCGUCGGCAGCGCCCGCUUCAAGGAGCCGAUCGAGAAGCUGGCGGCGCGCGUCGAGAGGCUCAACGGGCGCGGGGAGAAGCUGAACCGCGUGAAGGCGGUCGAGCGUGAGAAAGGACGAGCUGUGCGCGCCCGCGAGACGAGGCCGUUGCGUUCCUGCGGCUCGAGAACGACGUCGCGCGCGCCCAAGAACCGCCUCUACCACAAGUACGUCGACGGGCGCGCGCGAACCUGGAUCGCGCGGAGACGGCGCGCGGCGACGUGCGCUGGCGACGUCGACGCGGCCGGCGCGGCUCGCCGAGUGAAUGGCGGUCGCGAGAAGGCGGCCGCGCGACUGCGGAGCGUGGAGGAGGAGGAGGCGGCGGCGGCGGCGCGCGUCGACGCGUGCGACGAGGAGUUCAAGGAGUACGACCGCCGCGACACGAAGAAUCUCGAGGACAUCAAGCACGCCAAGUCGAAGGGCAAGAAGCUCGCGGCGGCGCUCGAAAGCGAGCACGUCCGCCUCGCCGAGCUCCAGGGGGCGCCGGCGGCGCGUGCCGCGGAGAUCGCCGAGCUCGCGGAGACGCGCGAGACGCGGGAGCAGGAGCUUGCGGCCGCCGAGACGAGCCUCGAGGCGGCGAUGGCGUCGCUGAAAGGCGAGACGCAGUCGCUUCAGGACGACAAGGACGUGAAGGAAGCGCGUCUGCUGCAGCUGCAGCCGGCCAUCAACGACGCAAAGUCGCACAUGGACGUUGCGCAGUCCGAGCUCGACCUGUGCCUCAGCAACCAGCAGAAGGCGCAGGCGCGGCUCGACGCAGAUCGCGCGAACCUUGAGAAGGUGGUCGCGACGAUCGCCGAGCGGAAGACGCAGACGCGCGACCUCGAGGAGCGCAUCCCGGCGGCCGAGCGCGAGCUGGAGACGUGCGAGCGAGAGCUGACGCGCGUCGACGGCGAGGAGGCGGCGCUGACGGCGACGCUACGCACCGAGACGGCACGGGAGCGCGAGUGCCGCGCCGCGCUCGCCGCCUCGCGCAACACGAGCGCCGUGCUGGACGCGCUGAUGCGCGAGCAGCGUCGCGGCGUGUUGCCGGGCGUCGUCGGCCGCCUCGGCGACCUCGGCGGCAUCGACGCGCGCUACGACGUCGCGAUCAGCAGCGCGUGCGCCGCGCUCGGACACAUCGUCGUCGACACGAUCGAGACGGCGCAGGCGUGCGUCUCGUUCCUCAAGCGCAACAACGUCGGCUACGCGACCUUCAUCGCCCUCGACAAGAUGCAGCACUGGCGGCGCACGAUGGACACGGCUCCGCCGGCGCCCGAGGGAGCGCCGCGGCUCUUUGACCUCGUGCGCGCGCGCGACGACUCCGUGCGUCCGGCGUUCUACUUCGCGCUGCGCGACACGCUCCUGGAGGAUCGCGGCAAAGGCGAGGAGCCUGCGCCGCGACCCUCGAGCGCAUGCGAACGCGAGCUCGAGAAGCACCGCUACGAGAACGGCGGUCGGGCGCCGACAAACCGAGGCGACGCUGGCGGCGGGGCAGUGCGCAGACGGCGGAGCGCGCCGUCGCGCGCGAUGGCCGAUCGACGCGGCGGUCGACUGGCUGCGGGCGACGCUCCCGACCGCGCGCGUUCUAAACGACGCAAGAGUGAUGCGAGUAAAAGCCCGCGCGCCGAGGUCAAGGCCGAGGUCGCGGCGCUGCGCUCCGAGAUCAUGAAGAUCACGGCGUCGCGCACGAAGAAGCCGCAGCGCGCCGUUGACGCGGCGACGGCGGCCAUUGGCGACAUCGACGGCUCCGUCACCAAGGCGAAGGUCGCCAUAACGACGGCGAAUCGCAACAUCAAGAAGUCGGGCGACCGGAUCAAGUCGACGGAGACGGAGAUGGAGGAGAACAAGGCGCACUACGACAAGCUCGUCGAGCUGAAGGCCGAGGUGGAGAGCAGCGCUGAGACGUGCGUGAAGGAGAAAGGUGAAGCAGCGACGAAGCGGGCGGCGGCGGGGGAGACGGCGCGUGAGCUCCGAGCCGCGCUCAAGGAGCUGGACGAUGAUUGCCUGCAGAUGGAGAAGGACGCUGUGCAUGCGCGAGACCAACUCGAGACCUACGAGCACCAGGUGAAGGAGAGCCGCGCGCAGGUGAGACACUGGCAGCGCAACAUCGCCUCGCUCUCGCUCACCGCGAUCGAGGCCGAACCCGAUGAUGCCGGGGCGGAGAAGCAGGAGGAGGAGCCGCUGCCGGCGGAGUUCACGAGGGAGGAGCUGGACGCGAUGGAUCGCGACGACAUGCAGCACGCGCUCACUGUGCAGGAGGAGCUGCUGCAGCGCAUGUCACCCAACAUGGCGGCGAUCGGCGAGUACGCGCGCAAGCGCGACGCCUACCUGCGCCGCGUCGGGGAGCUGGACGGGAUCACGCGAAGCCGCGAUGCCCGUCGACGCCUCCACGAGGACCUCCGCCGGCGACGCCUCGACGAGUUCAUGGCCGGAUUCGCGGCGAUCACGAGCCGGCUGCGCGAGAUGUACCAGAUGAUCACGCUCGGCGGCGAUGCGGAGUUAGAACUCGUCGACACGCUCGACCCGUUCGCCGAGGGCAUCGUGUUCAGCGUGCGGCCGCCGAAGAAGUCGUGGAAGAACAUCGGGAAUCUGUCGGGCGGCGAGAAGACGCUCAGUUCGCUCGCGCUCGUCUUCGCCCUGCACCACUACCGGCCGACGCCGCUCUACGUGAUGGACGAGAUCGACGCGGCGCUCGACUUCCGCAACGUCUCCAUCGUCGGCAACUACAUCAAGGAGCGCACGAAGAACGCACAGUUCCUCGUCAUCUCGCUGCGCAACAACAUGUUCGAGCUCGCCGACCGGCUCGUCGGAAUCUACAAGACGCACGACGCGACCAAGUCCGUGACGAUCAACCCGACGGCAAUGCGCGACGGCGACGCGCUGCAGGAGCGAGUCAGCGACAACGUGGCAGCCGCGGGCGACGAGGAGGCGGUUGCCGUGGGCGACGAGGAGGCGGUCGCCGCGGAGAUGGGAGGCAGCGGGGAUGCGACGACUGCCGUGCUCGCGGCGGUCGUCUGAGAAGAACGGCGAACGGUCGCCAUUGCCACUCAGGCGGGUUUCGACCGCGGGUUUUUUUUUGGGGGGGGGAGUUUGAUAGCUGGUGUCGGUAUUGUUUUUUCGAAGGCGUGGUAACAGCGAGAGUUGUGUCUGCACGUGACUCUCUUCAUACGCUGCCAUCACCCGGUGGUGUUGACGUAUAGUUGCGCAGUUGAAGUUAGUGGUAGAUAGGCGUGCAACGAAACUAGGAUCUGGCCGGAUCCCCAAUCUUCCAGACUGCCGGUUCUGAAUGUAACUUUUUUUUUGGUGGAGAAUUUGGCAGAUUUCUACAUUUUACUGUGUGCUCAUUCAUCCAGAUCGGUGUAAUUGAAGAGGCGGAGAUCGAGGGUUCGGGUGCGCUCAUUGACAUUGGCUUUACUGUAUACUGUAUAGUAUAUAUUAUAGUUAUUGUAUUCUGAUUAGAACAUCGAACAAACGAGGUUCCUAUAUGAUGGUAGACUUACUAAAUAUAGGAAUACCGUCGUAUAUGAGUUCAUAUAUUAUAUAUAGAUUAAUUAAGCACUAUAGUAUGAGGUGGAGUUUACCUUGUAAUUGGAAUAAACUAUCUUCAGGGGCAAUAAAGAGUACAAUUUUUCAGUACAUGUCAUAUUUCAUCCAGCAUACCUGUAUUAGUGUGUGCAUGAUUAGACUAUAUAUGUAUGGGACCGGAAAAAUAUUUGAAAUGAUUGAAGACAUAUAUGUAUAACAAAUAUCAAGAACAUAAACUAUAAAAUAAAGAGUUUGUGCUCUUGAUAACAAGACUUGGUGUAAUAAUCACAUUUUGCUAUCUUGUGCAUAAUUAUUUAGUUAAGUAGGUGGUAUUGUAUCAACAUCCGUAGUAACUUCAUUAAGAUGUCGUCGUAUGUAAUUCUUGGCUACUGUAAUAUUUCAGUUGCAUUUUGUUGUAAUUUUUGUGUGCAUAUAUCCUAGUUCUGUAAUACAGUUCUGUACAACAUUGAAAAUAUCUGACCACAUAGUGCUUUAUUAUUUGGUCCUAUUCUUCGUUCUCUAAUUCCGGUUUUAUUAGGUACUAUUUUUCCGGUCAUUAUAUAAUAUGAGCCAAUGAUUUGCAUUUAUGUUUGCAUAUAAUACAUGAAAAAUUGUAUAUAAA